CUCUCUUCCAUUUUCCUCGACAUUUCGCUUCUUUCAUAUAUAUUUUUUUAUAAUUUUAUAAUAUAAAAAUUAAUUUUUCACAUAUUAAUUGUAAUUUUUUUUAAAUAUAUAUUGCAAAUCUUCACUCUCUUCUGUUGCGAUCUUGAAACUCCAAUUUCGGAUCAAAAGGCACCUGGACUGGACUUCACUCUCUUCUGGUUUAGUUUUUUUUUCUCUCAUUUACAUGAGCUCAGGAGCCAUUUUCGAUUCUUCUUUCUCUUUCUCUUGCUAAAUCGACGAAGUUUUGAUAUCCAUAUGAACUCUAUCGGCGUUUUCUCUCAGGUGUUUUAUAUGGACUUUGAAGAAGUCGAUAAGAAAGGAAGCGGAAUCAGUCGUCGGAGUAGAUAUUCAUCGAAAUCGAAAUCAAUUAUUAUCUAAGUUUCUGAGUUCAAAAUAUAAUUUAAAAAAUGCAAUCGAAUUCUCCAUGCGCGGCGUGCAAGAUUCAGAGGAGGAAAUGUACUCAAGAAUGCGUGUUCGCACCGUAUUUCCCACCGGACCAACCCCAAAAAUUCAUGAAUGUUCACAAAGUAUUUGGUGCCAGUAAUGUUUCGAAACUACUCCAAGAACUCAGCGCCGAGAACCGUGAAGACGCAGUCAACUCUCUCGCUUACGAAGCCGACGCACGUCUUCGAGACCCGGUUUAUGGCUGUGUGGGUCUCAUCUCCGUUCUUCAGCAAAGACUGAAGCAAGUCCAGUAUGAUCUCUUCAGCGCGAAAAAAGAGCUUGCUGCUUACUUGGGUCCCCAAGCUAUGGUUUCCAUUUUUCAAGCUCCGAUAUAUAUGCCGCAUCAAGGGAACCCUUCUUCUUCCUCACUUUACAAUAAUCCGUAUAGCUCCAUUAUGGGUGCUCCCGGGGGUGGUCCAUUGAUCAUCCGUGAACCUUCUCAGGUUCAACCUCAAGCUCAUGUUGAUGCUCAACAGAUUCAGGCACAGAUUCAAGCGCAGAUUCAGGCUCAGACUCAGCCACAUUACCUCGACGCUCAUCAACUGGCGAGGGAACACCAACAAGAUGUGCUAAUGAGGCUUACUGUGGAACAGAAAAUGGCGAUUAUGCAGCAACAGCAACAACAACAGCCGAUUCAGUAUCAACAUCGUUCCGUCCAACAAAAUCUCGCGAGGUUUACUACAGGUCAUGACCCUCGUACGGGUCCGGAUGAUGAGACAGCUGAGUUCAAUGAGAUGGGUGGUAGCGCAACUGCAGUGGGGUCUGGUUUAGUUCUUGGUAGUGGGUAUCAACAUCCUUAUGAUCUUGUUCAACAACAAGAUCAGCAGCAAUCGGAGCAUGGUCACAAUCCUCUUCAACAACUCCAUCGUGAGGAGGAUCAACUUUUGUUCGAUAACCCCGAGUCGCCGGUUUUGCAACUGGGUCCGCAAACUCAACUGUGGCACAAGUUUGGUAACGAAGACGAUAGGAGAAAUAACAUUGGUCCGACUAGUUGAGCAUGUCUCCUCCCGCUCUUUUGUUCAUCUCACUUUAUCAUUCAAAUUUUUUUCAGAAUAGCUUAUUUUUGCCGCAAAAGAGAGAGAGAGAGACGUAGAAAAAGGUGGAGAGAAUACGUAUAAGAUUGGAAAAGAUUCAUAUCUGAAGUGGCAUUGAUUUUUGGGUUAAAAGGAGGAGACUUUCAUGGAGAUAUCAUUUUAAAAGAGUAGGAUCCACAUUGAUCUUUGAGUACAGUCUAUUUCUUCUUUUUGUUAAAAGUAUGUCUUAGAGUCAUAGGUCCAUUUUUCAUACUUACGAAUAUGUAAAUAAUAAUUUCUGGAUUACUUACUUUUUUCUCAAGGUCCCUUUUGUUUUGAUCAAUUAUUGUUGAUACUAGUUUACUAUACUUUGUGCUAUAUCUCUAAAGUUUUUCUUUUUUACCUUUUCAUCAUGGCUUAAGUUGAAGAUCUGAGAGUGGGUGUUUUCCUUCUCACCAUCA